AUGUCUUACCGGCAGCCCUACGAGCACCGUCCAAUCCAGACAAGCGCCGUGAUCGUGCUGGGCAAUCACAAGAGUCUAGCUGUUCCGCCUCCGUCCCCUCCGACCCCGAGUGUCUCUCCGGACGAUGGCUCGUUCUGCGAGCCGCCCGGCCCGUUCACGCUAGUCGAGCAACAAGGGUCCCGAGAAGCUGAAGCAAAAGCGAGGCGACUAUCGCGCGGCCUGCACGUCCUAUCAACAGAGGCUGCAGCGCUGGAGAAUCUAUCUCAACUAUACGAGAAAGACGCUGUGGCUCAAGACGGGUUCAACAGAGCUGUCGAUGCAAUAGCGCGUCAAAGCGCUGCCAACGGCAAGCUUGUUGUCAUAGGCGUCGGCAAAUCGGGGCACAUUGGGAAGAAGCUCGUGGCGACGCUGCAGAGUCUCGCCAUUCGCUCCGUCUUCUUGCACCCGACCGAGGCUCUCCACGGCGAUCUUGGCAUAGUCGGCCCUCAGGACACACUGCUCUUCAUCACCUAUUCCGGCAAGACCCAGGAGCUCUUGCUUCUUCUGCCCCAUCUCGAUGAGGCCCUGCCGACCAUUGUGCUCACUUCGCACACUCGACCGGGGACUUGCGAGUUCAUGAAGCAUCGCCCCAAUGCCAUUCUCCUGCCAGCGCCAAUACCGGAGGCCGAAAAGGUGACGUUUGGCGUCUCGGCGCCGUCGACUUCGACGACGGUGGCCCUCGCCCUGGCCGACUCCCUGGCCAUCACCGCUGCAAAUGAGCUGCACCAGAACGUCCCGGCCGAGUUUGCGAGGAACCACCCUGGGGGUGCUAUUGGCGCCGCCACGAGAGUGCCGCAGACGCUCGGUCAUCUGGCUGUGUUCUGGGAAGAGAUCUCCGGGCCAAGGGACUUGACACUGGAUAGCCUUGGAGUUGAUCUCCUGCGGGCAGGGUUCGAUUCCAAGACAGGCUGGGUGAGGGUGGAAGACGGCGUUGCCACGCCCAGCGGGAUCAGACAGUUGUCCAGCGCGGAGCUUGGGCAACCGCUGCGGGAUAUGCCGGGGGUCGUUUUGGACAGGUGCGGCAUGAUUGCCAUGUCCUCGGACACGUCCAUCCGGCAAGCGGGCGAGAUGCUGCGCGCGAUGCAACUGAAAGAUGCGGGCGCGGCAGAGUCAGACGAGGGGGCGUGCGGACCAGGCUCUGUCAUCGCGGUCACGGACAGCGGUAGCAUCAUCGGCGUUUUGGAAGCGCAACGCCUUUUGGAUUCCUAA